CGCACACAGCCAUCACCACGUCGCAUCGUCAGAACACGUCACAUUCUGACAAUAUCAGUCUUUCUGCUUUUGCGUUCCUCACUGAACAGCUAUUGUGGGCCUGGUGCUCUCAUUUGGCCAGCCUCUGCUAUAAUUACAUGGCUAUUUUGAAGCUGGGUGUAUGCGUCGCAGGAGUUUAUUCAAUGUUUUUGCUUUGGGCUAUCGCACAGGAGAGACUGGCCGUGCCGUUCGCUUCCACUGACCCGAGCAAACCACCCGAACGUUUCCAUUCUGCACUCUUUCUAAAUACUCUCCAGAGCCUAGCGAGUGUUAUUUCAUCGGCUAUCUAUAUAUGGAUCCGCCGUGUGCCUGGGCAGAGCCUGGCUCAAAUAUUCGGUCUCAAAUCAGCUACCAAACCAAUGCCAGUCACUAAUGGGAAAGCGAAUGGACAUGCAAAUGGAAACGAUGUUCACGGAAAGGAAAUAUCCCGCCCUAAAUACGCUCGAGAUAUGCUCCUUCGGUGCCUUCAAUGUGCGAUCUUCGUCAGCACUGCUGCCCAAUUUGGAUUUGCUGCACUCUCACAUAUAUCAUAUCCUACAAUGGUUCUUGGGAAGUCCUGCAAGCUUGUCCCAGUGAUGAUUAUGAAUGUUCUCCUCUACCGCCGCAAAUUCGCACCGCACAAAUAUCUCGUCGUCGCCCUUGUCACAAUCGGCAUCACUGCCUUUAUGGGAUCAGGCGACGCCUCUGCAAAAGGUGCGAAACACAAGGGAAACGCGCAAUCCAGUAUAUGGGGCAUCUUUCUUUUGCUGAUUAACUUGAUUAUUGAUGGAGCGACCAAUUCCACUCAAGACGAGAUUUUUGCUCAGUAUCGCAUUACGGGACAACAGAUGAUGUUCUGGUUGAACGCAUGGAGCACAAUUUUGACCUCGACACUCAUCAUGCUUCCCUUGCCAUAUCUCCCUAUCCUCCACCCUACCUCUAAGUCCACGCUACCUGAUCGAUCGGAACUUCAGGGAGCAUUGUCAUUUAUUAGAACACAUCCGGAGGCUCUCAAGUCGCUGUUGGAGUUUUCGGUCACCGGCUCACUUGGUCAACUCUUCAUAUUUGAAACUUUGCAGCACUUUGGGUCAUUGACUUUAGUGAUGGUAACAUUGACGCGGAAACUGUUCACCAUGAUUCUAUCAGUGGUGGUUUAUAACCACAAACUCACUUACGGCCAAUGGCUUGGUGCCGCCAUCGUUUUUGCCGGAAUCGGCGUUGAAGCCUGGGUGAAGCGAAAAGAAAUUUACGCUAAACGCAGUCUUCAAGAGCGGGAGAAAGGUAAAAUAAAAGCUCUUUGAAUUAUUAGCAUUUAGAGGUUAGACGAUUGGAUGCACACUGUUCGUUCGUCCGCAUUAUGUAUUGUAUUUUCCACCUUGAUAACGAUAGACGAGAAGGCUCCUAGAUGAACAGGGGCACUAGGUGACUAUAUCGCGGGAUUUUAGCCUCACACCUGAC